AUGAAUCAAAACACAGAAAACUUCUUCUAACACAUGUAUUCAAAAGCUGGAAAAUCAAGCUCUCAAAUAUUUGCUCAUCUCUUGGGUAAGGCUAGCAAAGUGUAAUCCAUCUAAAAAUCAAACGAUGCUUAAUCUAUAAUUAUAACACCAUGUCAAUCUCCCAAAAAACCCUAAAGAUAAUAGCCUUUUAGCUUGGGUUUGUCGAGAGAAUAUAUACACAAAUUACAAAAUUAAGGGAAACCUAAUUUGCCCAUUGGGGUUUACAAUCCGAAAUAUUCCGUCAUAUAGAAGUAAAGAAUAUAACUAUUAAGAAAGUCUGAUUUAGGUGGUAAAUUUGCAGUGGAACAUAAAAUUAUGAUAAAACAAGGCAACGAAUCUUAAACUUCAAUCGAUUCAAGCAAUACUUAAUCUAGAAGAACAAAGGGGUUUGUAGAUCUAAAGAGACAAUUGUCAAGAGAACAAUCGACUCGGUAGUAGAAUGCCUCUUCAAAUGUGACUUUGAACUAGUUUAUAUCUAUUGACACUAAUUCAAUUAGGGCGUAUGAUAUUGAUUUUAGCAUCAUUUUAGAAGACCUAGAAGUGCUCAUUUUAAGGGAUCUGGGCAUUCUUUAAAUAUUAACAAAUAUAAUUGUUUUUAAUCAUUUUAUGAUGCCGAUUAUGAGGCUGGGAAACGAAAAAUAAGUUUUGUUGGUCCUGGAUUUGAAAAGUAAACCGUUAGGAAAUCUCUAAUGAAUAAAUCAGUUUGUUUAAGAGAGUAAUCAAUUUAUCAAUAUGAUCAAUUUUCAAAUAAAAAUUCAAUAGUACAUCCAAAUACCAAAAAUGUCAUGAUUGAUUUCAAGAAGAUUUUGGGCAGAAGUUAUAGAAAUGAAUAAUGCGUGCCCAGCCACAUGUCUAAAACAAACAGAAGUAGGAUUAUGAUUGAAACACUUAAUUAAAAAAUGCUAGAACUCAAUGCAUCAGCUCAAUGA